AGUGGUUCCGCGUUUUGGGUGCGAUUUUUAUCAGCUACAAAAUGAUGAGGAAAUUUAUGAAAUACUGGCGAGAGUCAGCAUCCCUGCUAGUGCUGGCCCGUACGAAGCCAGCCACGCCAAACGACUAUAAUUAUAAGGUGCUGGUUUUUAAAAGACCAGAAAAAUCAAGUUUCAUGCCCAACAGCAUCGUUUUUCCAGGUGGUGCCUUUGAUAAGCAAGACGAUUCCCCUGCCUGGAACGGAUUACUGAAGGAUCGUGGGGUGUCUCCGGAUGCUUUGGCUAAUCUCAGCAACGUUGCCGGCUCUCGGCCACACAUUUUUUGUACAGAAAACCCCCAAGAACUGGACCGUAAUCUGUCGCUACGGUUAUGUGCAUUGCGGGAGUCGUUCGAAGAACUUGGAGUGCUGUUAGUUGGUGAUAAAGAAAGCGGAAAUAGUGGGAGUGCGUACAGCCAGUUCCUCACGUCGUUCGAUGUCGCUGAUUGGCAGCGCCGGAUACACGAUGGAGAAGAUAGCUUUGUAAAGCUGCAUAGCGAGUUGGGAACCGUGCCGGAUGUAUGUCGACUCUAUGAAUGGUCCUGCUGGUUGACGCCGGCGAUGUUCCGAAAGCGACGAUUCGCAACCGUGUUCUAUCUAGCAGUGCUGAACAGCGUGCCGGAAGUUUACCCAGAGCCACAUGAAGUGCAGGAGCAUUGGUGGGAAACUCCGGCCGCGUUGCUGGAGGCUCAUAAACGAGAGGAGUUAUGGUUAGCACCGCCACAAGGCUACGAACUAACCCGGCUGAGCUAUGUCCGAGACAUUGAUAGGAUUGCAAAGUUUGCUGUUGCACGGAACGGUCUCGGUUCUACGCUUCUCUGUCCGGUCCAGUAUAAUGCGGCCAACGGAGUACUGUUCGUUCUUCCGGGGGAUGAUCUCUAUCCGGAUAAUUAUGAUGGCAUAUCCGAGCAUGCAGAUCUUAACCGCUAUGCCGAGAUGUCGUUGGAAGAUGUACGCAAGCAAGUAAAGAGAUUGCACCGCACGGAGCACACGGAUUCGCAUCAUCAAACGUACUUCCUUAAUCAAACGCCGCUCGAUGGGCAUUUGCAUGUUAAAGGUAACAACCAACAUUUACCGGAACUGUAAACUGUUGGUUGUUUUGUUAAGUUUGAAGAUAAUUGUUGAUGGUUGGUUGAGGUGACUUUAGUUAAUGAUUAGAAACAAUUACACGAAACAAAGUUAUUCCAA